ACACGAGACGAGGAGGUUGUGUCAUUUUGUUUAAAGAAAACAUCGCGAUCUUCGGAAACUAUGGAUGUAGAAAAAAAAAUAACAAAUGAAUGGUAAUAAAUAUGUGCUAUAAAUAUAAAGUGCAAGGUGAUUGUAAUCAGUAGUGUCAAGUAUGGUCGCGGGACCAAUUAAAAGAGAUAAACGUGCAUGGAACCAGUUGAAGACUGCUCUGUUUUUGCAUCUUUUGUUUACUUUACUACAGGCGACUAAAGCCCAAAGCCGGGCGCCGCGUAUCAAGGAACAUCCGGCCGAUACGGUGGUCGGGAGGAGUGAACCUGCUACCCUUCGCUGCGUAGCUGAGGGCAAACCCAAACCAACGAUACUGUGGUACAAAGACGCUGUACCUCUUACGGCUACAGAUCAUCCCCAUAGGGUAUUACUUGAAGAUGGACUUUUGUUUCUCAGAGUCAUGCGAGGGAAAAAGGAGAGUGACGAAGGAGUGUAUUGGUGCGUUGCACGUAAUUCUGUCGGGGAAGCAGUUAGCAAAAAUGCAACCCUCACUAUAGCCGUCCUUCGAGAUGAAUUUAGGGCUGAACCUCGGGAUGUGAAGGUAGCUGGCGGAGAACCGGCUACAUUAGAAUGUUCUGCACCCAGAGGAAACCCAGAACCCUCAGUGCAUUGGACAAAAGAUGGACAAACGUUAGAUGCUGAAGUUAAUGGACGAAUCACAAUCGUUGAUGGAGGAAAUUUAAAUGUAUUGGAAAGCCUGCCCUCGGAUAGCGGCGUGUACCGGUGUGUGGCGUCUAACGUUGCAGGGGAAAGACAAUCGCGCCCCGCGACCCUGCUCGUGUUGCGCCGACCACAUUUCAUCGUGAAACCUAAUAACGUAACGGCAUUGAUUGGACAGAAUGUUGAGUUUCAUUGCCAAGUCUCGCCAGAUUCGGACGUCUCGGUCACGUGGUCCCGUGACAAAGGCGGUUUAUCUCCAUACGCCAUAAUUCGUCGCGGCUCGUUACGAAUUGACAGAGUUGUAACUUCGGACGCUGGUGCAUAUACAUGUCGGGCUGAGAGUCAAGCUGGAACUAGCAGCGCGAGCGCUAUCCUUACAGUCAACUCAUUACCACACUUCACACGAGUGCCUGCCGAUCAAACUGCAUGGGAAGGAGAAUCGGUGUCCUUUCCUUGUGAAGCUGAAGGUACGCCUACUCCUGUGGUUUUUUGGACAAUGGAAGGAUCUCAGGAAUUGAUAUUUCCAAAUUCAAUGCAUAGCAGCGGUUCUUUGUAUUUAGAGCGAGUGUUUGCACAACACGCUGGCAGGCUAACCUGUGUAGCUGUCAGUGCAGCGGGCAGCACUUUACAUACAGUGACAUUACAAGUACUAAGAAGAGAAGCAAAUUCCUUUAAUGGAAAAUCCGAAACAUCGUCACCUUAUCCCGAAAUAAAUAAGCCCCAAAACCAUCCGCCGAUGACGCAGUACGAAUUAGUACAAGCUCGAAGAUAUUUACAACAAGAUGUUUUAACAUUACGAAGAGUGGAAGGAAUGUCAGCCACAACAAUAAAAGUUGUGUGGGACGUAAUGACAGAUUACAACGAAUAUUUAGAAGGUGUAAAAAUAUGGUUUAACGGAUCGUCAAUUAAUAGAAAAUUCGCUCUUGAAAUUCAGAAUCAACAUUUAAAUGAAACAGUCGAUAGUCUGACGGAACUUUCGAAAUUUGAUAAUUUUUCUAUGACUACGGUUCACAAUAGUGGAUCGUCGAGUCAUAUUCUAACAGGUUUGAUGCCAUACGCUCAAUAUAACGUAUUUUUGAUGCCCUUUUACAAGUUAUUACUUGGUAAACCGUCCAAUAUGAAGUCUGGUUUUACUGAAGAAGAUGUACCGUCAGCUCCCCCACACAGUGUAACAGCUUCAGUGAUAAAUACAACUUCGGCGUGGAUCCGUUGGGAUCCGCCUCCAGUUCAUAGUUGGAAUGGAGAACUUUCUGGCUAUUUGAUCGAAGUUCGAGUAGGAGGAGGUACUAACGGCCGAGUGGUUGGUCAAAUGUCUCUGGGCGCACGCACUCGCGCGGCGACGGCCAGCUCUCUUCGCGCGGGCGGCCGGUAUAGUGCCCGUGCCGCAGCCGUUACGAGGAAAGGACACGGACCUUUUAGUGCACCUGCCCUCAUACAUAUGCUGCCUACACAGUCCCAGAGACAUUACGUACAAACUGAACCAGCGAGAGAUAAAGCAUUACUAACGAUGUUCCAUGAAUCUUGGAUAUUAGCGAUAUGUAUUCUGUUGUUGACGUUAGUUCUUGUUGGCGCGGGAAUAAUAUUUUAUCUGCGUAGAAAACAGUUGAAACAAAGGAAGAGUCAAAGUACUGUAGGCACGCCGAUUGCUAAUGCACAGCAAUGUUUGUUGGGUAAAGAAGCAGUAUGGCUUCGCGAAAGGCCAAUGUUUGAAGGCUCUAAUGAACCACGAAUUGAAAUAUUGAACUGCCAUCAAAGUCUAAUACACGGCGGUCAUACAAUAGAUACUAUGGCUAUGGAAGCCGAAUAUAGUCUUCCACAACAUGCAAGUAAUUUAAAAAAUAUAGUUCACGAAGAACGUCGAAUAGCUCCUGAACCUUACGCCUCUAGUGCUAUUUAUACUGAACUAAACUAUCAGGAUCAUACAGACGCUGAGGAUUCAUGCAUUAAGUGUGCAGUGAGUCCGGGAUCAUACGAUAACAGUAUGGUCAGAUCAUUCGCUGAUAGUAAUCAAUACUCGAAUGAAGAGUGUUCAACAUGUUGUCGUAGUAGUAGUUCGACUUUAACUAAAGACUAUAGUGAAAUGACAAAAUGUGGAAACGAAGUUGAUGAAAUACAAGAGAUACCAGUAGAUGAAUGUCCGUCGUGUAAAACAAAUCAAUCUAGAUCUUCAAGUCAUCAUGGUGGGAACAAAGAAUGGGCGACCGUCGCAGAUGUUGAAUACGACUAUCCACAAUGGCAUUGGUUAGGAAGAGCUAAUAGUUUUAGACAUAUCGGAACUGAUACGAGACAUUUAACGCAUGGUGGAAGAAGCGAUCAAAAUUGUAGAUUGAAUUUAUGCGAUAUUCUUCCUCCUCCACCAUAUGAAAGAGAACCUGGAUACGGCGAUUUGAACACAUUUCCGAGUCAUUCUGGAGCUUCGGGUUGUUCUGGACAAACAUAUAGAAGUUAAUUUCCAACAGAAAUUUACGUUGUGAGCAAAUAUCAUUAGUACGUAAC